GCAAGGAUAAAGCGCAUCAUGCAGGCCGAUGAGGACGUGGGUAAAGUGGCUCAAGUCACUCCAGUGGUAAUGGCCAAAGCACUCGAACUAUUCAUGAUCCGCCUCAUCUCCGCCAGCGCAGGCGUCGCCAAACAGCGCGGCUCCAAGCGCGUCCUCUCGCAGCACAUGAAGUCCGCCGUAAUGCAAGACGAACAAUUCGACAACCUCCGCGACAUUGUAGGCAGAGUGCCAGACGCACCCGCAAAGGGCGCCAAUGGCGACGACUCUGAAGACGAGGACAGUGCACCCAAGAAAGGCGCAGGCAGA